UUUUCAGAUGUGGUGAAGAGCCUGCAUUUUCCCCUGUGUGGUAUAUAGUGCCUUAAAAAUGGGGUUUGGAGGUGAUCUGAAGUAUUCUCAUGAUGCUUUAUUAAAACUGCAAGACUGGGAACUGCGACUGCUGGAAACAGUGAAGAAAUUUAUGGCUAUGCGAGUCAAAAGUGAUAAAGAGUAUGCCUCUACUUUACAGAAUCUUUGUAAUCAAGUCGAUAAAGAGAACACGUGUCAGUUGGAUUAUAUCAGCAAUGUGUCCAAGUCUUGGUUGCUUGUGGUACAGCAAACAGAACAGCUGAGCAAAAUAAUGAAGACACAUGCAGAGGAUCUUAAUUCUGGGCCUUUGCAUAGGCUUACAAUGAUGAUCAAAGAUAAGCAGCAAGUUAAGAAGAGUUACGUAGGUGUUCAUCAGCAAAUUGAAGCAGAGAUGUACAAGGUCACAAAGACAGAACUAGAGAAACUAAAAUCUAACUAUAGACAACUAAUAAAAGAAGUAAAU